CACUAGAGCAUGUAUGCAAUGUAAGAGUGUUGCCCGCAAAAGCAAUACAACAGACCAGAGGAGAUAAGAUAAACGACCAUUUUGUUCACAGGUUGCCCCUCUUUUGCAAUUACUGCUUCUAAACUACCACUUUCCAACUAACAACAUUCAAAACUACCAUCUCCAUGGACAAAGUAACCCAAUAUGCAUCCGACGUCGAGCGCAAACUCACCCGCAUCAACCAUACAAUGUCCAAAGGCGUCUCAAAAUUGAGCAUGAACGACCUAAUCAAGCAAGCACGUCAAGGUAACUCCGUGAAACAUGCUAUCAAGAAAGGUAUCAAAAGCACCGACAAAGCCAAUCCCUCCGAUGCAGAAGCCCGCGAAUUCCUCGCUCAGAUGAAUCGCCUUGUUGAUCUGGAGGUUAAGCAGAUGGAUUUGACGAUCCAGUCUAAGCCUCAGUUUGAUAAGUUGCAUUGUUCUGGCUUUGUGAGGAGGCAUCUGGAGAAGUCAGAGGGCAAAGGAUCGUGCUUGGAUAUGGCGAAUGUUCUCAUUGAGAGGAGCGCGCCAGAUCUGCUGCCUGAGCUUCAGGCGUUGCAGUGGAAGGAGUAUAAUAAGUUUCAUGAGAUGUUGGCGUAUUAUUCUGGAUCUGCUGGGGGUGAGGAAUUGGUUGACGAUGAGAGGGAUUGAGGAUUCUUCGUUUUGAUCUACUUUUAUUGCCUGUUGGCUGUUUUGAAUGAUGGUUCAGCUGAUGAGCAAUACUUUUGAUUGGGCCAGUUAUAGUUAAUGAGCUUUUCCAUGAAGUUUGAAUCGAAU